UAAUAUGUCAAAGUGACAAGGUUGGAGCAAAUCCAAGUUGACGUCUGUUGUCCAAAAAAAUUGCCAAGUCUGUUAAUUUUAUGUUUUAGAAGGUUUUGUUGAAUGAAAAAAUGUCUUCGUAUUUUGAUUAUCAUUGUAAACAAUUAGAAAUUAGUGCACGUCGUGAUAUAGAACAGGCAGAAUGUAUAAAAGGAACUUGUUAUACAAUGUGCCCGGACGAAGAAGUAAAACUAAGAGAAAAGAUGAACAUGGUGCAUGUGCUGGAGGUGGUGGGCCCCACAAGGAAGCUGGUGAAGAGUUACAGCAGAUCAGCGGCAGACACUAACAUAGCUGUACCCAAACUGCUGCGACCCUACAUGGUGCUGCAUGAUACCGUGCAGUAUCUCAUACUUGAGGUAACUAAAAGGACAGAUGUGCCUAGCUCAGUGGUGUACGACUUUGUGACUGACAGGCUGCGUGCUGUCAGACAGGACAUGACCGUGCAGAGGAUGACCUCCGAACAGUGUGUUAAUUUACUAGAGCCUAUGAUCAGGUUCCAUGUGUAUUAUGGUUACAAGUUACAAGAUUAUCCACUGAAAGACUAUGACCCUGUACUUAAUAAAAAAUAUCUUUUAGAAUGUUUGAAAUGGUUUCUGAGUUGUUACAACACUAUAGACCAAAGACAAGGCAGUCAAAACGGCGCCAUAGACAAAUUGAGUGAAACUCUAUCGAAUUUGAAUUUCAGGGAGAAUGUUAGUUGUAAUAGGAUUUUAAUGGAGAGUUUAUAUAUUUUGUGCAAUUUAGAAGAUGUUCAUCCUUUAUUACGAUACUUAAACUUGCCCAAAGAUUUAAAAAGGGAACCUAUACUUAAUAAAUCAUAUAAAAUAGCAGUGGCCAACUUAAAAGGAAACUAUUUAAGAGUGUGUCGACUUAUGGACGAACUGUGUCCUCUGACUUACUGCGCGCUUUGCACAUACCUACCCACCAUACAGAGGCGGGCCCUACUAGUGAUGAGCCACGCGUACAACAGCAAGCGUCUGUCAGUGCCGCUGGAGUUGUUGGCGCGUUGGCUGCGCUUCCCGAGCGAGCGCGAGGCGUGGCACGCCUGCAAGCACUACGGACUCACCGCCGAGUCGAACGCCGUCACCUUCGACAAGGGACAGUUCAGAACCGACGUGCUUACGCACCAAGGGAACACUCAGCUACUGAAAACUAACUUAGACUUAAGCAUAGAUAACAUAUUUACAUACAAACCUAGUUGAUACAAAUGAGUGCUCAACACCUGAUCUCACUAGAGUUCGCUAUUUUUCAUACCAAAGGUUAUAAAUAAAAUGUUUAUUUAUAAUGAAAACCUUUAUUUACAACGUAAAUUCAACUAACUACAUAAUUAUAGUUAAAAGAAACAAGUCGUUUUUGUAUUAUGUUUAUUUUGGAUUUAUUGUACAUUUUGUGUUUAUUUUGGUCAUCUGAUAGAAUGAUUAUUUAUUUGUCACUGUAACAAUUUGAUUUUUAAACAUUUGUACCGUGUCAGAUACUAAAAGAUUUUUAUUCAAUAAUAUUUGCAUUCCAUACAAAUAUGUUUUCUAUCCAGAAAUUGUUUUCAUUUCACAACUAUUAUAAUAUGUAGUGUAUAUUUGAGGUUGUAUCAAAAACAACUCGUUCUCAAAUUUCUAUUUUACAACAAAACUAUCUAAUAGCACGGCUUUGGGACAUCUGCAAUGUUUCAAUAUGUAUGAAAUAUAGGUAAUUACAUUCAUCAAAAUAAUUCCAAUGUUGUAAAGCAGAAACUGUUGACAAUUUUUUCGAUAAUAAUAUCGAUAAUCGUACAACAAACUAUCGAUAUUUAUACACUGUUCACCAUUAUGGUAAACCUUAGCUUUUUAAUCGGUUUGAAGUUAAGUCACCUUACACAUUUCAUAAAGCUGGUGUAAUUCUUUAGUUCUUAAAAACACGGCGUCCGCGACUAACUUCAGCCCGAUGAAAAGUAAGGAAUACUGCCUCUAUAAAGCUUUCCUCAGAUGUAAUUUAAAUAUAACAAAUAAUCUGCUGCCAACUGUGGGUUUGGUAUAAUGUUACAAAUUCAGAUGUAUUUAAUGUUAAUAAAUAUUCAGCAGUUGUGUCCA